AUGGAUGUUUUUCAAAAGAUGAAAAAAACAAGAUCCCCAUUUGGGUCUUCUGAAUGUCAGGACUUCCUGGAAAGAAACAGGCGUAUGAGCCAGACUGCAUUUACGUUUGAUGUUCACAUGGCAACAUUGUGUUUCCCAGGUGUCCAGGUGACAAUCUUUUUGAUUUCCGUCUGCCUAACCUCUACCGUGCUGCAAAUUCAAGCCAAAUUCCAGAAAUGCAAUAUCCGGGAAUCCCGAGAAUUUACUGCUGAGCACAAUAUCCGGAUUCCCACAAGGUUCAAGCCAAAUAUCCAGGAACUCCGCAAAUUUUCUCCAGACCACAAUAUCCGGAAAAUUGCUGGGCCACACAUUGGGCCCAACAAUGAACCAUGGACUUCCCAUAACGUAUUCAUGGGUGAUUGGGCCAAACAUAUGCCCAUUACAUUCCUUCAGCAUUGGGCCCAACCAUUACCCUUAGGCCAAUACCACCUACUUAUUACUACCACAAUUGGGCCGAAUGGGCAGGAAGAAGACUACGAGGAAAUUUUCUGGGGAGCUUGGAUUCCUGGGCUAUUCCAUGAAAAAAUAGCUGAUGCUCAUGGGACUUUAUUUACUCAUUUUGGACAGCCUGCCACCAUCUCCCAAAAUGCUUGGAUGUUGGGCUUUCACAAUGGGUGUAUCGACAGGCUCCCCAUCACCCUGACCUCCCUUCCAACCUACCACACUUCUUGUGAUCUUAUCUUCAUUUCACUCUAUGCUCAUGUUCUUCAUUGCCUACUUCUUGUUUUGAAAUAUGAGAGUCUUGAAGAUAAGGAGGACAGUGCAAAGCCAACAAAAGGUGAUGCAGUCUUCGAAAAUGCAUUUCUGUUCAUGUGGGAUGCUCUUGUGUCUCAAGAAUUCAAUGAUGCUAUCAAGGCUGGUGAUUCUGGAUGA